AUGCUCAGUUCCGAGCCCGAGCUGGAAGAGGACUCGAAGAUCAAGGGCUUCAAUAGCUCCAGCCUGCGGGGCACGCACCAGCAGGAAUACUCGCGCACCCCGGGACCAGCGCACUAUGAGGCGGAGAUCUGCCAAGUUGACCGGGUCAGCCUGGGCGACCCGAGUUUUAGGUCCGCCCUGGAUCGCCUCGAAGGCCUGCGCUCCCGAAACGCGGACGUGCCCGGCCCCGGCAUGUACGACCUCGAGGCACGACGCUGCAGGACGCCCACAGCCCGCGCAAGGCCAGCGCCGCGGCCCGCCCGGAGGGCGCCAGCCUUCAAGGAGACUCCUGGCCUGUUCAUAGCGACCCAGCAGGCUGCCCGUCAGCGAGCUGGCGCUGCGAGGCGCGCGCCGGCACGGCGCAUGAAGAGCUUACUGGCUACGGGGCAUGCUGUGCCUGAAGACGUGGAGGUCUGCAUUUGGAUUGGAACUGACUCCACGCAGGCUCCUGUACGGAGGCAGAAGCAGCUCGGGAAGGUGGUGCACCCGAGCUCCUCCUUCGCCUCAGGCACGCGCCGGGUAACCUCGCAGACGCCAGGUCCUGGACCUGACUUCAUGGGCAUCGAUGAGCCGCGGAUGGCCUCCGUGCCUCGAGCGCCCUUUGGCAGCAGCUCAGACCGGGAGACCAUCUUCUCCCGGAGCACGGGGCUGAGAGAGGAGCCGACAGCCUGGCUCAUGAAUUCGUCCGGACAGCACGGGUCAUGGCCUCAGACCUGGCUCAUGCCUGGGGCCUUUCCGAAAGAUUUCGGGUGA